GUUUUUGUUCUCUCAACCUGUUUACAACCCUGACACGCGUAGUGAGAAGCCGAUAGAAAAAAAGUGAGCAUUGGCAGACCAGAAUGAUCGGAAACGGCCAAACUAUAGGUUCACCAGCCCGCAAGACUUAAUUUCACGAUAUAACAAAGCACCCGACUAAACAAAAAACAGCACAUUAAUCUAUGAUGGCAAGAAGAUCGAGUGUGACGAUGAAAACAACGAGGAUAAGCAGACCAAAAAUGAUCGGAGACGACUAAUUGUAAAAAUUUGAAAUUGUAACCAGCGGCCAUUUUUGUUGGAUAAUUUGAACGUUACCGAUCAUUUUAUUCUGCCUUCCUUCGCUGUGUUGAUUUGUCAGUCGCGUUUCUGCAUUUAGCCCUUUUCAGUGUUGGCAACGACCAAAUUGCAAGUUCAUCAUCAAGUCCACGAAGAGAAAACUCGAAUUUUUGUUUACACUACUAAAGAAAAACCUGCACCAAAACAUAAACAAAACUCGGGUCUAAAUCUAACAUACAAAAUGCAGAAUUAAAUUUCGAGAAGAAAGAGGGGGGAAAAAGUACAAAUUUUCUCUCUUUAACUGGGCUUUUUCAAAACGAUCACAUGACUGUACCAACUGUCGUUAAAAAUCGAAAUACUGACACGAUUUCCUGAAGGGAAAAACUGAUCGGUAAGAAUGGCGGAUUUGCUCGGAGAGGCAGGCGAGGGUGAGCAAGGCCCUGAAAAUAUCAUCGGGGAGUAUGAAGGUGAGAGGAAUGCUCUGCAAGAAAGGCAUGGCCUCGGUCGUGCUAUUCUUCCAAACAGAGAUUACUAUGAAGGCCAGUACAGAAAAGGCUUGAGACACGGACUUGGACUUUAUGUGUUUAAAAGUGGAGCGAGGUACAACGGUCAUUAUCACAAAGGGAUCAAACAAGGCAUCGGCACCUUUUACUAUCCGGAUGGGACGAGAUACGAGGGCGAAUGGAAGAGAGAUCUCCGCCAUGGCUAUGGUGCUUAUUACUACGCCAACGGUGACAUAUACGAAGGCCAGUGGAAGAAUGGCGUGAGGGAAGGACUCGGAUCGUACACUUACAAAGGACUUGCUGUCAAAUUUAUGGGCACUUGGAGAAACGGUGAAAUGGAUGGACCUGGGCAGAUUAUAACACAUGCUCAUCGGUACCAUGGAGUUUGGAAGAAAAAUCUUCCAAUUGGAAAUGGUUGUUUUACAUUCAAAACAAAUUGCAUGCAACAUGGACAUCACAUACAUAUGAAUUACCCAUUGUUUGAGACUACUGAGCUGUUCAAGAAACAACUUAUGCCUAUGCUUGAUCCGCUGAAGGAAGAAGAGGCGAAAGAAGUCGCGGCAAUCUGGCGGGCAAGAGAGAUAUCGACAUAUGAUCCUGAGAGACUGCCCCCGGCUCCAGUGCCGUUUGAAUACCCGCCGUCCGAUACUUCAAUCACUCCACCUCCGACCCCAAUGCACGAAGAGCCAGUAUGCCCGUACGACUUCUUCCAAGAUAUUGCUCAAUACAACAAAUACUACUUGGACGAGAAGGUCAUCAUGGCAACAGGCCAAUGGGAACAAAAGCCUAAAGAACCUUCAGCAGUCCAAGAAGUUAUGGGCGAAGGUACAAAAGAAGAAGAUGAAGACCAAGACAUCGAUCCCAGAUAUUAAUAUUAUUUGUUUCUUCUUGUAUAUAAAUAUUGCAAAUAAUAAAUUUAAUUUGAUAUUU